UUAGGAAAAUUGGCCCUGUAAAUUUUUGACUGUGCCAAUGGAAACUGUGGAGUUUGGAAUCAGAAUGUAGGUUAUGCUUCAAUUAUUGUUCUGUCACAGAAUUCAAAAGAAUAUGUAUCUGGAACAGAGGUCUGUAAGAGGCUUCUUCAUCCUUUUUUCACUUUUGUUUUCGGUACUUUGGCUUGCUGCUGAUGAGGUGUCAAAAGAGAGGAAGAGAAUUAAUAAUAAUAUAUGGAUAUACCCAGGAGCUCAAAUUAUUCUUGCCAUUCUUGACAAAUGCUUUGAACCUUGGAUCAUGUCUAGAGAUUUAAACAGAAUGACAUCCCGUUCUUCACCCUUGCCUCAUGACCGGAGCAGACCUGAGGAGGAAAAUGAUCUGGUAGAUCAGUUGAUAUCUAGGACGGGCUGUUCUGCACUACAUUAUGCAAUCCAGGAGUGCAUGGCAGAGCAUGAAGACUGGAGGAAAUGCAAGACACAGGUUCAGGAAUUCAGAGAGUGCAUGAUGCCUUUCCAGAAAGCUCGAAUGGAGCAGCUCGUAAAACGUAAAGAUUCAGCCACAGAGAAUGUUUGAUGAAACUUUCCUGUUAAACCCAUAUCUACAAAAGAAGAAAAAGUUUUGUGACUUUGGAGUACCUUUAUUGCAAAUAAAAUUACACAGGAACUGGGUUAAUAUCAUUAAACGGACUGACUCCAAAUAUUUUAGGAGCACCGAUUGAUUUUGUUGUUUCAUGAGGAUUGUCCUCAUGAAAUUAAGUAUUUAUCAAUUUCACAUGACAAAAGUUAAGCUGAAAAUUCACCCAUAUAACAUUGCUUACAGAAUGCAGGAUUUGAAUAAGUUGUAUAUAAAUGCACUGCUGAACUCAAAUAUUUCUUCCUAAUUUUACUGCUCAGAUUCAAACAUUCCAUGCUCUUAUUUGAGAUUUGAGAUAUAUGGUGUUAAUUAUCCAUUUAAUACCCACUACACGUACUUAUUUUAUUUCUAAAGAAUUGGCAAGAUACUGGUGUACUUACUUUGAAUAUGAUAGGUAUGGCAGGAACUUGAGACUGGCAUCACUGGUGGGAAUAUCUCCAUUUCCCUGCCUGAUAUACCAUAUAAUAAAUUUCAAUCAUGGAAGAAAGCUACUGAAGAAAAACUAUUUCUGACAUUCAUGCUGCUGUGACCAUGACUCUGUUUGGAACAAUUGUAAAUUCACAAUAAUGAUUCAAUAUAAAUCCUAUCCCAGCAUAACAAGAAAACAGUAUUUUCUUUAAAGUGAAAAAAAAUUGUCCUGACAUUCUUAAUGUAUUAAUAGCUGCAUCUCUAUGAAAUGAGAUACACUUUGGACAAUAAUAUUAACAAAUGACAAUAAAAUGUUUUUGCAUUUACUUUUUACUACAUACACUGAUCAGCCAUAACAUUGAAACCAUCUACCAGUAUUGUGUAGGUCCCCCUUGUGCUGUGCUCCAAAACAGUUCUGACAUGGCUAGGCAAGACCUCUGAAUGUGUGCUGUGGUAUUUGGCACCAAGACAUUAACAGCAGAUUCUUUAAGGUUCUUUAAUUGCUAGAUGGGGCCUCCAUGGAUCGGAUUUGUUUGUCCAGCUUGGCAAAAAUUUAAACUUUUUGUGUUGUUCUUCCAUUCACACAAUGUUUUUAGUCUGGCAGGGCAUAUUAUCCUGCUUAUAGAAGCCACUGCCAUUAGGGAAACAUUUUUUUCAUGAUGGAGUGUUCUUGGUCUGCAACCUUGUUUAGGUAUGUGGUAUGUGUUAAAGUAACCUCCAUAUGAAUUGCAAGACCAAAGCUUUCUCAGCAGAUCCUUGCCCAAGAGCAUCACACUGCCUCACUACAGGCUUACCUUCUUUCCAUAGUACAUCCUGGUGAGCGUUUCCCCAUGUAAGCGGUGCACAUUCACCCAAUCAUCCACAUGAUAAAAGAGAGUGUGAUUCACCAGAAUCCAUUACAUUGCUGCAGUUUCAGGUUUAUUGUCAAAAUCAUAAAGAGUGCUUAAGCAUGUAUGCAACAAAGAUGUAAACUGUGCAUUCAUAAAGUGGUAUAGUGGGAGAUACUGCAGAUAUUCAGUACUAUAAAUUAUUAACAUAAUUUGGAAAAUAAUGCUAUGCAGUACAAGGAUAUUCAGAGAAUAGGUACUUUUGGUGGAUGGGGUAGACUCUCUGACUGAUCUUUGGUUACGUAGCCCCAUACACAGCAAGCCACAGUGCACAAUCAUAGCCAGCAUUAACUUUUUCAGCUAUUUGUGCUACAGUAGAUCUUCUGUGGGAUUGGACAGACGGGUUAGCCACUGCUCCCCACAAAUCAAAGAGCCCUGGCCACCCAUUAACGGUGGCAAUUUAGAUUAAUCCCAGCAACAAAAACCUUUGAUUCUGUUCACCAAAAAUUUUCAUUUGGAUUUGUUCAGUGACCUAUAACAUCAUGUUAAAUUACAUCAGUACACCGGUAGAUGGCGCCAGUAAAUGUUUUUAGAUAUUACGAGUAAGACAUUGUUUCAUUCACUCAGUAUGUUUAUUUACAAAAAGCCAAGUUUCCAUACAAAACUUUAAUUAUUAUAAUUGAUUAAAAUUGGCAUAUCUAAUUGACAAAGAAAAGCUCUGGUAAAUUUGUUUCGACUAAAGUUAUUUCAGUCAGUGCAGUUUAAUUUAGAGAUAGUGAUCAUGAAUGAGGAUACAAAUAUAAUUUGAAAUAUAUAUACAUACAUAGUUUCAGUGCCACAGUAAUUCAGAUCCAUGCUUGUUAACUUAAUUUGUUUAUUUCUUUCAUAAAUGACAAUUACCUGCUUGUUUAUUUCAUUCGUGAACAGCAAGUACUAGUUUGAUCAGAAUCAAUAGGUCUACCACAGUCCUGCACGUUCAAAAUAAGUGGCGUAUUUGUUCAAUAUGUGCAAACACUGACAUGCUCCAACACAGCCCACACUCCAAUGCAGUCUUUACAAAGCAGAAAAUAGUUGCUAAAGCAGUUACAUGUUUUACAUGGCCAUAACUUGUAAACGGAAAAAAAAAACGGAAGAAACAAAAAUUAUUUGUUCACUUAAAUUUCAAUUAAAUUUAUUUGUAUAGCACUUUAAACAGUGGAAAUUGUCUUAAAGCAGAUUUACAGAAGUAUAGAAACAUAGAAUAAAAAUAAAAAUGAAGUUUAAAGUUAUGUUACUAUUUAUCCCUAACAUUUAUCCCUAAUCAGCAAGCCUGAGGCGAGGUGCCAAGGAAAACUUCCUGAGAUUAUAUGAGGAAGAAACCUUGAGAGGAAGCAUGCUCAGGAAGGAACCCAUCCUCAUUUGGGUGACACUAGACAUUCAUUAUAGACUUAGCACUAAUUCCUUCCUGCCGAAAGCUGACAACAGUCCCCUGGGUCAUGGGCUGACCAUGCAGAUCUAUCCCCAGCAGCAGUGAGCACCACCAAGUGACAAGACUCCAACCAGGGGUAGAGUGUCGGGAUGGAUCAGACAGAUCUCAGUGAAGAGUAGGGAGCCAUUUAUGGUGCAGCACACUACUCGGACAUGCAGGAGAAAAUACAGUCUGGUUUAUAAGUAGGUUCUGCCAUAUCUGCAAGCGGCUGUACCAGAAAGUGGUAGUGGCAUCAAAGCAGGACAUUUCAUUGAGCAACCUUACCCCAUACAGUUGCUGCUGUGUUCACACUGCAUAACUUCACAAUCUGAAGAAUCGCCGACAACUCGGUCCGGUCUGCAAACUGCGUUUCACAACCGACAGUACGCGAGAAAUAAUAAGGAAAUUACAAGAUCACACGAGAUCAGAGUUCUCGCACGAGACUGGAAAUGGUACACCGCAAGAAGUUCUCAAUCCAAAUGGUCUGUGUGGGGAACAAGGAUUGUGCAUUCUGCAUAAUUGAACAAAUGAAUAAUUCUGCAAUGUGCUGCUGCUGAUGUGGCUGGUCAAGCAAAUGUUUCUGCUGUAUUUCUGUUUGAUGCUAUUGUAAAGUUUAUUUAUUCUGAUUAACUAUAUUUAAGACAAUCGAAGCCGUGCUCCUCCCCGAACUUCCCUCUGCCCUUUAUGUUGCCCUCUUAUUGGCUGUAGGUCAUCGCCGAGGUAUUUUUCAGUCAGAACUCCUUUUACACUGCAUAACUUUGAGUCACUGACAGGUCCAGAUAUUUAGCAUGCCAAAUAUUUCACGGGUGUCUGUGACUUGACAAAUUGGUCAUGCGUUUUUGGUCAUUCACACUGCACGACUGUCACUUGCAUUCAAGAGCUCCAAUUUGCUUUGAUUUUGCAAAACUAAUCGGCAACUAUGCAAAACUAGUCAGCGACUGAAAAUCAGGGCUAAAAUCAUGCAGUGUGAACUCGGCAUUAUGUCACUUUCAUUACUCUCCCUAUACAGUAUAUACCUGCAAACUUGUGUUUGUGUUUUGCUGAUUCCUUGUUGUUUGCCACCUGUUUUGUGGCUCCUGUUUUCAUGGUUUGGUUUUUUGUUUGUUAUUUUUGUAUUUCAGUUUCUGUAUUGGUUGUUCUAUAUUUUAAUAUAUCCCCAGUUUGUUAUGCUACCCCUGCAUUUGGGUCUGGGUUUUGUACUCCUAUGGAGGCACCCACUCCUGACAAUGAGCUUCAAAUGAAAGACACCAAGGUCUUUUACUGCUGCACAUGAUAAAACAAGAAUGCUAUCCAGAGUUACGCUGCAAUUAGAAAGUUUACUUCUGGUUGCAUAUGAUCCUAAUACAAACACUUUUGUCUUAGAUUGUAAUUAAGCAUCCACUUUCUAAUGUCCAUGUCACAUUCUUCAUUCUUUUUAAGCUGGUGCCUCUUAUCUGGCUUUGCUGAAACAUAUAACUCUGUGUCUGUGCAUCAGCAUAAAAGUGGAAGCUAAUACCAUGUUUACAAGUAUUUGUACCAAGAGGAAGCAUGUAUAAGGAGAAAAGCACCAAACAUUAGUAUGCAUUAUAACAUAACAAACCUUAGUAUGAAUAGAGAAGUCACCAUUCACAUCUACACUGAUAAGGAUCAGUCAAAUUAGAUCUGAACCAGGAGAGGGCUGUUCCCUUAACUCCAACAAUUUUCUAGCCUAUCAAGUAGAGUAGUAUGAUCAAUAGUAAUCAGUCACCUGAUCUAGUUCUGUGGGGACAACAGUGGUCCAAAUAUGGAUGAUAAUUCUGAGAGACUAUUGGUGAAUGCCUUUGCAGUAGCAGACAUAAAUGUACAUUUAACAUGGUAAUGUUGCACAGCACAUAUAUUUUGUCUAAGACACAUUUGAAAUGACACAAUAUAAUGGCCUGUUAUAGCUUCCAACUGUGGAAAUUUGACAAUAUUUUUUUAUAUUUAAAAUAUCUGAAUGAGUGGGACCUAUUACAUUCUAAUUAACCUCUACUGAAUCUAGGAUGGACACUACUGCUAUUCUCAGAUUAAUAUUAAUUAUCAAAAUUAAUAUUAAAGUCUCCAGCAAUUAAUUAAUUAAUUCACAGAGGAAUUCAGAAUAUAUCCCUGGAGGUCUGUAAAUAACAAUUAGUGGAAUUGUCUCUGUGGACUUAUUUUUUGUUGCUAUAUGCUUUAAGUUAGCAUAAACAACUUGAAGUUGAAUUCAUGUAUAGGUUUUUGUGUGACAUCUAGAUUACAAUGGGUUUAGUAUUUUGCAUAAAUUCUACAUAAUAUUUUAUGCUGUUCAAAUAAGUGGCCAAAUACUUGUCUGGAAGAAAGAAAAUUAAGGUUGGCAGAAACUAUAUCAGUCAAUAUUAAUGAAACUAUAUGACAUGAAGAAAAAAACAUAAUUCAGUUGGUAAAAUAGUUUAUUAUAAUAUGGAACAUUCUCACUUUUCAGCACAUUUCUAAAACUCAACCAAAAAACAAACUGACACCUGUACUCAAGUAUCUGUGGGCCACCUAAAUGGCUAAAGUGCCAGUUAAUGAUGAGUGAUCUGCAUGCAAAGUAGACAUUGGAGCGGGCAUAAUCAGAGCAGUGGGUAAAAGGGCGACUCAGCAAGUAGUAUCAGAGGGUGAGGACCACCCACUUGAUGGUCAUAAACUCAAUUGUGAACACUUAGUCUCCCUUACCUAGAGCUUCUGGCUGAUGUACAGCAUGGGGCAUUCCUCUCCUCCACCUACUGGGACAAAAUGGAUCUUGGCCUCCAAGAAAAAAGAAUUUCAGAGGAAUGUAACAUGAGGCCUCCACAAAAAAUUGUGGAGUCCAGUGGCUCCAUCCACUGGACUGGAACUGGUGCCCCCUUUUAAGUGAGGUCAGUCAGUGGGUGUUGUCCAAAAUAUUGGAUACAAAUCAUGUAUCCAGCCAGCCCCGAAAACUUUGCUGGUGCUCUGAAUAAACCAAACAGACAUUUUCCCCAAGAUACUGAGAAAGGGAAUCAGCUAAUACCCCUGGGGUAAGUCCAGUGACGAAUAAAAGUUAGACAGGCCUAACUGAUCAAGCAGUUCAUUAAUGAGAGGCAUAGAAUAUGUCAAAUUUAGGCACUAAAUUUGCUAAAGCUAACACAAAAGCACCACUAAGACAACCAGACAGCUACAAUCACUGUAAAGCUCCUCGAUUAUUUCUGUGUAAAGCAUAGCCUUGAACCACAUUUUUGUGGCUAUGCUAACCACCCCUGGAGGACUUUCUAUGUGGUGUUGUAUGAGGUCCGUGCAACCAGGUAGAGGUGAAAACACAUUAGAAAAUUCCACUUGCAACUUGGCAACCUGUGAUGUCUGGGCUUUUCUUAGCUUAAUUCAACUUUUGGUUCCUGACAAAAAUGAACUUAUUUAACCCCAAAAAGACUAGCAACCCCAGAAGCUAAUUUGAGUAAGACAGCUACUAGUAGGUUCUUCUGUGUAACUACCAAUUUGACUGAGACUCUAUCAGCCACUCAUCAAUACCUCCCUGUUACUACCAUUCAAGUUUCAUCUGAUAGUUUGAUGUUAUCCUUGUCAAAUUUUUUGCUAAAACACUGUCUGAUAAUGCCCAGGUUUUUCCAGCAAUUAGGUAUCAUGAAAAGCCCACAGAUUACACAUAAAUACAGUCUAACUAAUCUAAGCUUGAUCAGGCUUAUGGUUGUUGAGAAGAAGUUAUUUGGACAUAUAUAUGACCAUCCCUCUGCCUUUGCAGAUUUCAUCAGAACAUUAUAUUAAAAAUGCAUUUCCAGUUUGGUUCAAAUCCAUGCAGUUAGUCAUGAGUUAGAGCUCACUGCGUAAAUUAUGCUCCACCUCUUUAGAAUUGAUUGACAAGUGGCUGCCAUAUUAUUUACAAAUGUUGACAUGUUGUUGAUAAUUAUUGUUAAUAGUUUACACUGCUGAAGAGUUUGACACCAGAAGUCCUAGGAUUAGUCUUGCAAAAGUAAGUAAAUUUUUACUAAACUUUGUAGAUGACUAUUGGAGCCCAUCCUAAAUCCCCUCCAGUGUCGCUAUAAUUCACAAAUUCAUAAAACUACUCAUAACUUUUGAACCAUUUAACAUGCAGUCACACAAUCACAGUUUUUCUUUCUCCUGGGUCAACUGGAAGGUGCAUGUAUCAGUUUUGUAAAUUGCCUAGCAGGAUGGUGAACUUUGACAGUUUUUUUGCUUCCUCUUAUAUUAUUAUUACACACACACACAUACACACACAGACGCACACAUCUCAAUACUCAGACGAUGGCUUCCUCCAGUGGUUUAAGAGGGGUGGUUCAGAUGAUGUGGGGGGGGCACCUCCCAGUGUUCUUUUCUGUUUUUUGGGAUGCCCCCUCCCCCUGGGGGUGGGACGGUUGGUGAAAAUCUUCUGUGAGUGAUGGAUUCAGUAUAUCCUUAGAAUUUACCAUGACCUUUCCUCUGGAGCGUAGCCCUCUUAGUCUACCAUGUACUGGAGGUGCCCUCCUCUCCCCCAGGAGUCUAGGAUGGUGUGCACAAGAAAUGAUUGACUUUCCUUGGUUUCUAUGGGUGGUGGUGGUGUGGUGGAGUUACCAUUGGUUUCUCUGGUGGGGUGGGCAUCAGUUUGCAUGCUGUAGAAAACCGAUUUACAGCUACCAAGAUGGUAGUAUAGCCUUGGGAGAUAGGGAGACUGGUUAUGAAGUCGACUGCAAUGUGCAACCAAGGUUGAUGUGGAAUGGGUAGAGGCUCUAGCAGACCUACCAGGAGCUGAUGGGGGUCUUGGACUGUGCACAGAUAGUGCUUGCUUGUAUAAACUCCCUGUCAUCCGUUGUGAGUGUGGGCCACCGGAACGGGUUCAGUUGAUGCCGGGGUGUCCGGAACUUGGGGCUGUAUGUACCCAUUGGAUGGUUCUCUGUCUGUGACUGGCUGGUACGUAGAGGGUAGAGUCGAGAGGGUGGGCAUUCUGGAGGUGGGGGCUCUCUCUCUCUGGAGGCGGGGGCUCUCCUCUCCUCCAUAGGGUCCCAUCAGAUGGAUGCAAUGAUUAUCAGGCUUGACAGGAUUGGUUCUGAUUCCUUGUCCCUGCCGAUGGGGUUAUGGCAACCUGACAGUGCAUCUGCUUUUCCAUUUUGGUCCCAAGUCGAUAGCUUACUGUGAAGUCAAAUCUGGUAAAAAUUGUGCCCAUCUGGCCUAAUGAGGGUUGAGGCUCUUUGCAUUUUUAAUAUACUCUAGAUUUCUAUGGUCUGUGAUUACCAGGAAGGGACAACAUGCUCCCUCUAGCCAGUGCCUCCACUCUUCUAGUGCCUCUUUGAUGGAUAGGAAGUCAUGAUUUCCCACGUCGUAGUUAGCCUCCGCCUGUGUGAGCUUUCUAGAAAAGAAGGUGCAUGGGUAAAGCUCGCCCAGGGUGUCGUGCCAUUGUGACAGUACUGCCCCUAUGCCAUAAUUAGAGGCAGCCACCUUCACUAUGAUUGGUCGUUCAACAUCAGGGUAAUGUAACCUUGAAUGAAACCCCGUAGAAAUUGGGAAACCCCAGAAAACAUUGCAGUUCAAUGUUGAAGGGGGUUGGACAUUCAGUGACUGCCUUGACAUUGUUAUCAUACAUUUCUACCCCUAGGUCACUGAUGCCAUAACCCCAGAACAUGGCCAUGGUUUGGUGAAAGGCACACUUUUGAGUCUUGGACACUUAGUAGCCCGUGUUCAGUUUUUCAGGGCAGUUGGCGCACGUGUCCGGACUGGCCACAGUAGAAGCACAGUCGAAGUUGUAGCUGGCACUGACGCUCAUUGGUGGAAACCUGAGUCCUACCCAACUGCAUUGGCUUGCUGGGGCUGAUGCUAGGUAGGUCCUUCAGCAUGCGAGGGAAGUUGCAUGGGGCGCAUUCUGGGCUCUGGCUACCCAGCAUAAUGUACAGGGAGAGAUGUAUAUCUUGAUCCCAACAGGUGAGCUCAGCUUGCAGUGUGGGGUUAAAUCCCUCCCUGAGGGAUUUAACCCCACUUUAGUUCUAUUUUAUUUCACCCACUUUGAGCUGCCAGCGUUGAAACUUGACAGCAUACUCGGCAGCAGAAUUGGCCCCAUUGUGUAACUGGAGUAGUCUGUGGACAUUCAGAAAUCUAACAGCAGCAGAUACUCCCAUACCUACAUCAAUGGGUCUAAAGUAGAGCAUGUCCCAGCUUUAAGUUCCUGGGCAUCCACAUCUCUGAGGAUCUGUCUUGGCAUCUGAACACCUCAACUCUGGUUAUUUACUUCCUGAGAAGAUUAAAAAAAAGUUCACCUAUCCCCCAAGAUCCUGACCAAUUUUACCGCUGCAUUAUUCGGAGCAUAUUGACAAGCUUCAUCACAGUGUGGUAUGGCAGCUCCACAGUGUGUGAAAAGAAAUCACUGCAGAGGGUUGUGAAAACUGCCCAAUGCAUCAUUGGCACCUAACUACCUGUCAUUGAGUCUCUUUGCCACAGCAGAUGUCUGCGCAGAGCACACAAAAUCAUCAAGGACUCCUCCCACCCUAGUCACAAAGUGUUCAACCUCCUUCCGUCCAGGAGGAGAUACAGGACCAUCCGCACCAGAAAGUGUAAUCCCAUCAGACAAAUCUAAAACAGCAAGCAGAGAAAUCGUAAACAUAAAGUACUGUAGGUGUAAAAUCUAUAAAACCAAUUGUAGGAAAACAUAUUUUGAGGUCUCUCUAGAAUCUACUGUAACAUACAUUGCUCUUUGAAUAAUCAUUUACAUUUCCCAGCUCUCACCACCAAUUGGUGAUCAAAUCAGACAGUUAUCAGGAACUGUGAACUAGCUGACAGUUGGGGGGCCAACUGCGGGGAUCUUUCUCCCAUUUAAUGCUUUGUUUGAGAGUAUCAUCUCUAGAUGUUUGUAUUGUCUCACCUUUAAGGCCUGCCCACUCAACGCCUUUAAAACUGAACUUGAUGACUACAAUACCACCGCAGUGUGUUCUGAUCUCCAGUAAAACAUUCCUGCUGAACACUACUUCUGACUGCCCUGGUCUGCUUUGGUGAACUCACAAUAGAUGGUGCCGUGCACCGGAUAGAGCUGCUCAUUUGAAACCAGUCCAGAUUUCUUCAACUUAGCUACGAUUUGGUGAAUGUCACUCUAUCAAAGAACCACUACAGACCAGUAUUUAAGUUAUCCUCUGCUUUGCUAGGGAAGUGUUAAACAAAAUUGUAGGGUGUUUUAACAAACAGGUCAUCCUCUGUUACAGCAGGGAAGGUUAACAACACUUGUGUGUUAACAAUAUUUGAUCCUCUGCUUCGGCAGGGAAGAAUUUGGUUUAUUCUCUGUGUCAGCAGGGAAGGUCAACAACAGUUGUAUGUUGACAAAUAGUUGAUUGUCUGCUUCGGGAGGGAAGAAUUUGGUUUAUCCUCUGUUUCGGCAGUGAAGGUUAGCAACAGUUGUGUUGGCCUUGGAGCCAACACCUUCCAGCCACCUGAACCUGAACCUUAAUCUAAUCUGAGACUUGGACCUGACCUGUUAUCCUGUGAGCUUCUGAAUUCUGCUAUAUUUCUGACCUAUCUUCUGCCUGAUCUCUGCCAGCCGUGAGUACCUCUUUGACCCUGGAACUGUUUCUGGAUUAAGACUUGAAUCCUGAUUGUUUCCUGAACCUGGUUCUGACCCCUGCCUGUAUUAUUAGACCUGGAUUCUAUCUGCCUGUCUCCCUGUCUGAAUCUGGCUGCCUGUAUUCCACCUGCCUCUCUGUUACCCUAGCCAUCAGUUGACUUCUAUCUCCUGUCUGCCAUUUUGGGUGUCCUUAUCUGUCUGCUAUCUUGGAUUCCCUCAGCUCUCACUCUCCGGUUCUCAGCCCCAGCGCACGGUCACUACCGUUUCUGGGUUCAUUCUCCAAAAAACUGAUGAGCUGCUGCUGUUACCACCUGCAUGCUGAAGAACCCUCACCCUGAAGACUGUCCAAUUAAUAACUUAUUGUUCAAUAAACCUUUAGUUUUCUUUUCACUUCUGGUGUUAUCAGUGAAUUUUUUAAGAGUCCUCAAACCACCACUACGAGUGUUACAAGUUGUUUUAGCUAGUUUCAUUACAUAAUCUUCCAGGUCAUCAUAGGCUGAAUACAACAGACUACUAAUCCUCAUCACAAAGGCAUAGCAAUAUCUCAGGUCAAGAACU